AAAAACCAAAGCUCAACGACAGUCCCUCUCUCUCUCUCUCUCUCUCUCUCUCUCUCUUACCCUUUCAAGAGAGCUUUCCCACUCUGUAUUCAUAUGCCAUACAUGGAUCAAAUCCAGCAAAACAACAUUCAAAUACUGGGCCAAUUGAUCACCCAAUUCCAAUUCCCAAAGAAACCCAUCCAAAUCCUCCUCUCCAUCUCUGCAUUCUCCAUCCUGCUUUCUCUCUCCCCAUUUUUUCCCCUGUUCAGCAGUUGCAUCGCCGCAUUUUCCUCCCGAAUCUUUACCUACACCACCGACAGGAACUACAUAUUCCUCUUCUGCAAUGGACUUCUAGCUUUCUUGAUCAAAAACUCCUCCGCUGUCGACGCCGAUCAAGACCACCGGAAAUCAGCUCAUGAGAAGACAGAAUUGGUUAGAGAAGAAGUUGUGGAAUUUAAAGAAGAGAAAGGAAAGGAAAAUAACACGUUGACUUCACAAGAUGAAAAUGAAGAAGAAGUAGAAGAGUUUAUUGAUGAAGAAGAAGAAGAAGAGGGAGAGGAGUUGAUGAGUGCAGAGGAGCUGAACAAGAAAUGUGAAGAGUUUAUAAGGAAGAUGAGAGAAGGGAUCAAAAUUGAAGCCCAAAAUUAACAAACUGAUCAUGGUUGUUAUCGUAUGAUACGGUCCAGAUAGGACCCGUUCAGUCACCUCAUCCCUGUUCAAUUUGGGUUUUGAGGAAUUUAUCGGAGACUGUGUCCAAUGAUUUCGAGACUCCAAAACGAAAACAAGGCCUUCCGGUUCCUGAGAGGACCCUUGUGAAAUCACUGUGCUCUUUUUGUAAAGAUAACUUUCCCCUAUCCCAGUUCAGCUUUUAUUGUAGCUGAAAUGUGUAUUUUUUAGCCUUACAUCAGAGCUUGUUUGUGAAAAAAUCCAUCUCCUUUGUGGUUGUCUCCAAUUCAAACUGGUUUAUAUUAUUACCCGUUAACGAUACGCUCGAACA